AUGGAAGACUUACUAGAAUCGUACAACACAUCCUUACUCCGUAUGAGGGAUGUUACAACCACAGUUGCAGCUCAUGUUGCGGUGCGUAACGUGAGUGUUGCGAGCAAGGGUGCUAGCAACGCUUACGAGUGGCGAUUCAUCCUACCGCCAUACUUUGCCAUAUUCCUGCUGUCUAUAUCAGGAAACUGCCUCGUCAUCGCUACCCUCGCCAGCAACAGAAGAAUGAGGACAGUUACCAAUGUGUACCUUUUGAAUUUGGCGAUAUCAGAUUUCCUGCUGGGCGUGUUCUGUUUACCGUUUACCCUGGUUGGACAGAUAUACAGGAGAUUCCUGUUUGGUGCCACGCUAUGCAAACUAAUUCCCUUUUUACAAGCUGUGUCAGUAUCGGUAGACGUUUGGACUCUGGUAGCGAUAUCUUUGGAGAGGUACUUCGCUAUCUGCCGACCCCUAAAAUCAAGGAAGUGGCAGACUCAGUGCCACGCCUACAAAAUGAUAGCGACUGUCUGGAUACUAUCAAUAGUGCUGAACGCGCCGAUCCUGAUUGUCUCCACAUUGCAGCCAAUGAGAGGGAAUGCAUACAAAUGCCGCGAAGUCUGGAGCAGCUUGGAGCUGGAGCGAGCCUUCAACCUCGGACUGGACGCUGGACUCCUGCUGGUGCCGUUCUUCGUCAUGUCGUUCGCGUACUGCCUGAUCGUGACGAAGCUCUGGCGAGGCAUGAGACACGAGAUCCAGCAUAAUUUCAACUGGCAGAGGCAUCUAACUCGGCAAGGUAGCUGCAAGAGCAAUCACUUGCCAAUAAUGAAAAGCAACUCCACCGAGCUGUGUUGCAAGAAAUGGAGUGCAAAGAAACCUAUUAAGACCCCGGACCGGCUGGACACCGAGGUGCAAAGCACACAGUCGUACUGCAUGCAUACAGUCGACAUGGAGUUUCGUCACGUGGUCAGGUCCACGCACAUAGACAAGAGCAUCGAAGCCAAGCGGAAGGUGAUAAGGAUGCUGUUUGUUAUAAUACUAGAGUUUUUCGUGUGCUGGACGCCUCUCCACGUUAUAAAUACGAUCUACCUUUUCUACCCCGAUGAGUUAUACCAGUACAUUGGGUCCAAGGGCAUCAUAUCCAUGCAGCUCCUGGCGUACUGCUCCUCUUGCUGCAACCCCAUCACCUACUGCUUCAUGAACCGCAAAUUCAGACAGGCCUUUAUCAGCUUGAUCAAGACUUGCAAGUUCUUCAGGAUAUGUUUCUCUGAGAAGUCGGAGGGUGGCAAGCAGGCUACUCCGCCGCCCGUCAGUUCUAGCCAGGAUGUCACCGCUUGCGUAAUCAGGGGCAGCCACACUGGACGCACUGAGCUGGAUGGACUGGAAGGUGAGGAUUGUGUUUAGCAGCGGCUCACAAAGUACUGCUUUGGGAAGCGGCGUGCACCCCGCGCUACCCGCUCCCGUCAUCACCA